AAACCAGAUGAAAACUUCAAUUCAAGUAAUGUAAGAGGGAAAAAGUUUUUUUUUUUUUUAAAUAAAUAUAAAUAUCUUCAAAAGUAUUCAAAACCUGUCUGUUUUUCGGGCCGGAAAAAUUGUGACCGGAACGUUUAACGAUUGCUCCUGAGGACUACACGGCUGUGUUUAUAUGUGGCAACAUCGCUCGCCAAGCAUAAUAGAAGCGAGUUCCAGCUUUUUACUCCUUUCAAACAUCACCGAUAUGGAGCCUGCCUGCCGAAAAGACAAACCCAAACUGAACUCCACCCCGACCAGAGGAGACCGAGCGCGGCAGAAGUCUGCCCAGCAGGAGCUCAAACAGCGACAAAGAGCGGAGAUUUAUGCUUUGAACAAAGUGAUGACGGAGCUGGAGCAGCAGCAGUUUGAGGCUUUCUGCAAACAGAUGCAGUCGCAGGGAGAAUGAGGAUGCUGCUGCCUCCCGUAUUGUGAGUCAAACUGGCAGCAGAGUUUUUCCUAAUGGAGAAGCAUUUGAUGUUUACGUUUCCCAAAUUCAAGAUGAUGAAUGAGAAAUGUUCACUUUGUUUUUCACUGAAGGAAAUUAUCAGAUUUUUUUUAACUAUUGUAAUGAUCUCUAAUAGUAUGUCGGGUUUUUUUUUUUUGAUAGAUCCUCCCAUUAAAUACUUUUGGGUGCAAAAUGACCUCAACACUG